UUGUAAGGCUUCGAGGAGUCCACAUAAGCGUUUUUUAUCUUCCCCUUCUUUUUUCAUUUUCUUCUUUUCGCUCUCUCUCUAUCUUUGAAUGCUUUCGUUUUUUCCUUUUUAGUCUUUUUUGGUAUUCAGUAAUGGAAGCUUAGGUAGUCAAGCAUGCAGGAGAAGGGUCAUUACCCUAGCUCAAUAGGGUUCUCUGUUUUCUUACUGGGGUCGAUCUCUCUCUCCCAUGGGGGUUCUCUUUUCCCAUUUUUGUAGACUGAGAAGCUAAAUAGAUAGGGAAAGAGAGAGAGAGAGACGGAGAGAGAACGAAGUGCUAAGCUAAGCAGUAAAGAUUUUGCUAGCCUUCCUUCUCUUUCUUUCUCUCCAGUUCAUAGUUUAGAGAGAGAGUUGGAGAGAUUUGUUUCUUCCUUUUUGUCUCCUCUGUUCUCUCUCUCUGUUUCCUUUUGAUGAAUUUUGGGGGUUUUUUCGAGAGUAGUUCUGGUGUUGGAGGUACAAGAGUUGUGGCCGAUAUACCUUACACAAACAUGCCGGCUGGUGCGAUAGCUCAGCCACGCCUCGUCGCUUCUUCUCUGGCCAAAUCUAUGUUCACAUCUCCAGGCCUUUCUCUUGCUCUUCAAACGAGCAUGGAAGGACAAGGCAGUGAUGCAAGUAGGAAUGGAGAAAAUUUAGAUUCUACUGCGAGGGCUAGUAAGGAAGACGGCUAUGAGAGCAGAUCUGGAAGCGAUAACAUGGACGGCGCAUCUGGUGAUGAUCAGGAAGCCGAAAACCCGCCGAGGAAGAAGAGAUACCAUCGUCACACCCCACAGCAAAUCCAAGAGCUUGAAGCUCUUUUCAAGGAGUGCCCUCAUCCAGAUGAGAAGCAAAGGCUGGAACUCAGUAGGAGGCUAAACUUGGAAACCAGACAAGUCAAGUUCUGGUUUCAGAACCGCCGUACCCAGAUGAAGACGCAACUGGAACGCCAUGAGAACUCUAUACUGAGGCAAGAGAACGAUAAGCUGAGAGCCGAGAACUUGGCAUUUAGGGAUGUGAUGAGGAAUCCAAUCUGCACCAACUGUGGUGGACCAGCAAUGCUAGGCGAGAUCUCUUUAGAGGAGCAACACCUUAGGAUUGAGAAUGCUCGCCUGAAGGAUGAGCUUGAUCGAGUAUGUACCCUUGCAGGGAAGUUCUUGGGUAGGCCAAUCUCUUCCAUUGCCGGCACUUCUUCUAUGCCACCUCCCAUGCUAGACUCAGGCUUGGAACUCGGUGUCGGAAGUAGUAAUGGGUAUGGUUCGGCGUUAACGUUGCCUUUGGUAGCUGAUUUUGGCGGUGGGGGUGAUCCAUCUGGCGGUCCCUUAACUAUGGUGCCUUCCCCAAGGACUACACCGGCGGCUCCGACGAACCUGGAGAGGUCUAUGUUGCUUGAACUUGCGUUGUCUGCUAUGGACGAGUUGGUUAAGAUGGCUCAGACUAAUGAGCCCCUUUGGAUCCCUACCUUUGAAGGUGGGAGGGAGACAUUGAACCAUGAUGAGUAUUUUAGGCUUUUCCCUUCCUGCAUCGGAAUGAAACCUAAUGGGUUCGUUACUGAGGCCUCAAGAGAGUCUGGUAUGGUCAUCAUAAACAGCUUGGCGCUUGUUGAGACUCUAAUGGAUGCGAAUCGUUGGGGUGAAAUGUUUCCUGGUGUAAUCGCACGAGCUUCAACCACCGACGUGACAUCGAGUGGAAUGGGUGGAACCAGAAAUGGGGCACUUCAGUUGAUGCAUGCUGAGCUCCAAGUUCUUUCACCACUGGUCCCAAUUCGCGAGGUCAAUUUCCUGAGGUUCUGCAAGCAGCACGCAGAGGGGGUUUGGGCCGUCGUCGAUGUGUCUGUGGAUACCCUCCGAGAAGGUUCACCUGCACCACCUUUUGUGAGCAGCUGCAGGAGGCUUCCAUCAGGGUGUGUAGUACAAGAUAUGCCCAAUGGCUACUCCAAGGUAACAUGGGUGGAACAUGCGGAGUACGACGAUGGAAUGGUGCAUCAGCUUUACCGUAAGUUGCUGAGCUCUGGAUUGGGCUUCGGCGCCCAUAGAUGGGUAGCUAACUUACAGAGGCAAUGUGAAUGCCUGGCCAUCGUCAUGUCCUCUAAUGUCCCCACCAGAGAUCACACUGCAGGGAUAACCGCAGCUGGUCGAAGAAGCAUGUUGAAGCUGGCGCAGCGAAUGACCGAAAACUUCUGUGCCGGGGUGUGCGCGUCUGCCGUGCACAAGUGGAUCAAACUGACGGGCAACAUCGACGAAGACGUGAGGGUGAUGACUCGAAAGAGCGUGGAUGACCCCGGUGAGCCCCCCGGUGUGGUGUUGAGCGCCGCCACCUCCGUCUGGCUCCCUGUCUCGCCGAAGCGCCUCUUCGAUUUCCUUAGAGACGAGCGUCUUAGGAGCGAGUGGGACAUACUCUCCAACGGUGGGCCCAUGCAGGAGAUGGCCCACAUUGCUAAGGGCCAGGAACAUGGCAAUUGCGUCUCCCUCCUCCGAGCUAGUACUAUGAACGCGAACCAAAAUAGCAUGCUCAUACUACUCCAACAGACGUGCAUCGACGCCUCAGGCUCUCUGGUUGUGUACGCACCGGUGGAUAUUCCGGCGAUGCAUAUUGUAAUGAAUGGCGGUGAUUCUGCUUACGUGGCGCUCCUCCCCUCUGGGUUCGCUAUCGUACCCGAUGGUCAGUGCUCUCGUGGACCCACUCCUCAUGGUUCUAACGGAGAAGGUGAUAGCAGUGGUGGAAAAAAUGCAAGUGGUUCUCUACUUACUGUGGCGUUUCAGAUACUGGUUAAUAAUCUCCCGACGGCGAAGCUCACCGUGGAAUCUGUAGAGACUGUUAACAACCUCAUCUCUUGCACCGUUCAGAAAAUCAAAGCUGCCCUUCGCUGCGAAAACUAGUGCGGGCCGCCGCCGCCGCCGCCGCCGGGACUAAUAAUAAUGUCUUUAGGAGAAGACUAUAGAGUGGAGUGGGUUUUUUUAAUUUUUUUUUUUUUUUUCCCUAAGGGGAUUUGUUUGAUAGGUAUAGAUUGAAGGAACAACAAAAGAAGACGAUGUCGAUGACGAGAAGUACUGUGAAUGUGGGGUUUUGAGUCAAGAACGAACCUCGCGUGAACAAUCCUUGCUGGAUUGAGAGGAUAUACAGCCCAGUGGAGGUCUGGUAUGGGUGUGUGUUCCUGACACAACGCAGGGGUGGGGUGGUUCGGGUAUUGACUCGUCGACCCGCUAUUUGUUCUCGAGAUGAAAGGCAUGUUUGGUCUGUCUUCUGCUAAUGUUAUAGUCCAUUGGUUGUUUAUUUUUGGUUAAUCUCCCUUGGGAUAUAAUGAAAAACCUGUCUUUGUUCGCUGCUUCA